CCCAACUCCACGUGGAUAGAUACCCACUGCACAGGCCAGUCAGCUGUUUCCGGGUCACAGGUCACGCUACCUCCCAUCAUGGCAGCCUCCAUGUGCGACGUGUUCGCCUUUUGUCUCAUGCCAGAAGAAGCCCGGAGGGUGGCUGAGAUCCGCUUCAUCAACAGUGGCAAGGUACUGGUGUGAAGCCAGGCAGGGAGAGGACAGAUCUGGGGAGAGAAAUUCAUUUUGUAAUUUGGAAUAGGGGCUCUGCAGACACACACAGACACAUGUCUGUGCAUAUACAGUCUGCGAACAAAGGGAUCCAGCCCACCCUGUGUGCAUGCUGUCUGUGGUGACAGGCUGGUUAUAUAUUAACACAUACACGUAAGGGGACAUGUGGACUUUCUAACCAGGAUUGCUACUCUAGGCCACUGCUUUCCUGCAAGUUUAUCCAUGUCAAUUAUACUGUUACUGCUUAAACUAUUAAAUAAACGACAUCUGAUUGUGUGCAAAUGUGAUAGUGACAGAAAAAUAAAAUAAAAAUCCCCACUCACGAAUGUAGGACAAUUGUAUGACAUACUUUAAAAGGGAGGUUUCCCCUGAAAUUGUGCUGAGCUGUCAUUGUCAGCAAAUUAUAUGAGCUCCUACUGUGUGCAUGGUUUUGCCAAUCUCUUUUCGUGCCUGUUCUUUUUUUUUUUUUUGACGUUUUUAUUACAAAAGCAAAUUGCACGCUUUAGAUUUAAAAUAACCAAAAAGUUGGGUAUUAUUACAUUUUGCUCUAGUGUGACCUAAAAUGAAUUCCCUUACUAAUUCAACCCAUUCUUUUUUUUUUUUUUUUUUGCAAAUAUUAUAUACAGUGUAAAAUUAGUGUAGUUGUUACAUCUCAGUACAUACCGUACUUGAAAAAAAGAGAAAUCUUAUUUUGCAGGAAACAUAUAAAAUAGUUAUAGAUGUGUGCCAUUUUAAAGAAUUCCUCCCAUUCUGUAUCUGGUAAGGUCUGAAGAAAUACAUCCACUGUCACACAAGUGACGUUUUUACUGAGCAAGAAAUUGUAUCAUGUUGACAAGAUCAUUCAAAAUGUUAGGCAUUGCUACAUGCCUUUAAUCCUGUUUCAAGCUCUAUUUUGGCUAAACAUUUGCAAUUCCCUUUUCAAUUCUCCAAGAUUCCACUUUUAGCAAAUAAAUUCCCAAAUUGUCUAGCUAAAAUACAGUAUUUCUCCCUGUUGAUGUUUCCUUUUGGGUGGAGAAAAGGGCAUAGCCUCUACAUCCACCUAACCUCCAGGGCUUUUGGAAAUGUUAUCUCUCUCACUGUUUAUGUAUGAGACCUGUGCAUAUUAUGCCAAGAGCUUGUAUUGGUUUAUUUGCCAAGUAAUCAUCUUGUCUAUAUUUUGCAUUUUACAAUGUUCUUGGUAUCAUUAAAAACAAAAACAGGUGACCGUAAUUUGAACAUUGACAGGAACACUCUAACGUUACAGUUAACAUAUUUAUUUUUACCUUAAGAGUGUUCCAUUAACAUAUGAUUUGCUGCCAUCUCGAGCUGUGUGCCACAAACAAACAAGUUUUUGCAAAAUACAUAGCUGGACGCUGUCAUUUUUCUUAUCCAGGGAAAGGGUCUGUUUGCCACCCGGUCUAUAAGGAAAGGGGAAACUAUAUUCCGUGAGAAACCACUAGUCUCCUCUCAGUUCCAAUGGAAUGCCCUGUACAGGUAUAGAGGUAAGAUCUCCAACUCUUUCCAUACAUAUGCUAAUGGGUAAAGGGUGAUUUGAAGCAUCUGACUCCAGUGCAUAUACGUAGUUUGGCAGGAGAUCACUUGUAUUACCUGCAGAGCUCCAUGCCAAUCUUGGAGCUUUAAUAAAUGUUUUAAUGAUGUUUUGGCCUGUAUGUUGCCCAGUAAAAUAUAUGGUAUGUGCUUGAUGAUUGCUUUUACUGGGUUGCUGUAUAUACGGGAAAAGUUCCUGAGUGAGCUUUUUUAGCAGGAUAACUCCCUUGGUUUUUAAAGAAUUUUGUAAAAAAUGUAUUCACAGCUUGUGAUCACUGUUUGCGUUCACUGGAGACGGCAGAGGAAAAUGCGCAAAGACUUUCUGGAAACGUCAAUAUAAUCCUCCCAUACCCUGAACUCUGCACUAUUCAGAAUGGACUGCACCAGCAAUGUCCACGAUGCCGGGUCAGGAUUACGUGUAUUAUAUGCAGUUUAUAUAGAACUUUAAUGGAACACUAUUUUGAAUUUCUUUUUUUUAUUAUUUUGUUUUCAUGUUUACUAGAUAUACCCCCAAAAUAAAACUUGCAUGUAUCUUUUGGAGGUAUAUGAAAAAGCUUGCAAAGCUGCAGACUUGCUGUCUGCAGCCUUUGCAAGCCAUCCGCUCUUUCCCCCACUUAGACUUUUAGUUUGUGCUGUCAAAUACACCAAUCAGAGGCUUUAUAUUGAGAUGCAUCUGUUCUGGAGCUGCACAGCUUUCCCGUGCUUCUCAAUCUGUAUUACAGCUAAUUUAGAAUGGGGGUAGGGGAGGGAGAGGCAGGAUCGUUCUAGCCCAGUACACCUGCCAACUUCAUUAACUUUGUGGUACUUGCAGAAGAAGAAAAAAACCUCUCUGGCUUUCUUAGUGACAUCCAGGGAGGUGUUUCUGCCCCCAGUUAUAAAAGUGCUGUUUUCUAUUUAAAUUGGCAAUCUUAUAAACAGUUGAAAAAGUGGCAGACCCCAGACACACAAAGCACAUUGCAAAUUGCAGUGCUUUACGUAUGUUAGAGCGUCAGCAAAUUGCAGUGCUUUACGUAUGUUAGAGCGUUCCUUUAAAGGGGAAAUACAUUUUUUCCAUACCUUUUUUUUUAAGUGGUGUUAAUUUGUAAAAAAAAAAUAAGUAACUGCCAUCAUAUAUCCUUAUGCCUCAUAAAUAUAUUUUUAAGCACAAUUAGGCCAAACCUUUCAGAGUGCACUAUUUUACUAGCUGUACAGUUUACGGAUGAUAUUGGAGUUUAUUUAGUUAAGUGCCAUUAGAGCUGAGGAACUAGCUAUGCCUCCGGUUUAACACUUGCUUUCUUCCUGCACAGGUCUCAUACUGUAGUGCUGAAUGCCUUAAAGCUGCAGCAGAGCAUUAUCACCAGGUUCUGUGUCUUGGGCCUUCUAGAGAUAACCCUUCACACCCUCUGAACAAGCUUGAAGAGGCCUGGCGGUAGGUUGCAGUCUCUGUUUCCUUAGCACUAAACCCCAAAUCUCUAUUUCUGAGUGCCAAAAAGUGUAAGCACAACUGGGAAUAAAGUGACAAGAUUCUGUUUUAUCAUGACACGUGUCAUCUUUCAGUUACAAUAUCCCUAUAUGGAGUUUCUGGAUCAUGGCCAAUCAUUCUGUACCUGAUCUGUAUCUAGGUUUAUGCUCACUUAUGAUGGCAUUGUACAUCUUUUAGCAUUUAGCACAGUAUUCAAGCAAGAAUAUUUCGUUAUUGAUUUCUUCUCAUUCUCCCCUAGAAAUAUACAUUAUCCUCCUGAGACUGCCAGUAUCAUGCUGAUGGCUCGGAUGGUGGCCACCAUCAAGCAGGUAUGUCCUUCUCCUCUGAUCAUGUGCAUGGUUUGUUGAUUUUCUUUCUGUGUGAGUCUAGAUGGAAAGACAUAUUUGUGGUUAAUGGUUAUGUAGCGAUGUUAGAAUGUUGAUCCGUUUCUUUUAAAAUAAGAUGUGAUUCGCUGUCCAGAAAUGUUCAGAGCUGUGCUUUAGGGACAGGACAAAGGAACAUUUAAGGACAAUACAGAGCCUGUUCAGAUUUACAUCCAAACAUGCAUCUGUAAAGCUAAAUGAAAAUAGUAACUAAGUGGAGCAGCAUUCACUAAGAAGUUUGGAAUGACAUAAAUAGUUAAAAGAAAAUACAGACACUGAGCAUUAACAAUUAAUUAUGUACAGCUAUAUUUUCGUUAAAAUAACAGGCUAAGGACAAAGAUUGGUGGCUGCACCUUUUCUCUCAGUUCUGCAACAAGACAGCCAAUGAAGAGGAGGAAAUUGUCCAUAAGUUACUUGGGGACAAGUUUAAGGUAAUUUUCCUAAAAACAAAUACUUCAUUAUAUCAAAACCCAAUCCCCAGUUAUAAAUGUGCUUUUUUUUUUUUUUUUUUUGGAAAGAGAACAUCUUAAUAUCAUGUGUAUAUUGGAGCAUUAAAGGGUCACUCCAAUCACCAUUACAAAAUUGCAAAGCUAAUGUUGCACAAUGUAGACUGGGGCUACUCUUUGCUUAAGAAUGGCUUGGAACUGCAGCAUUUUGUAAAAAAUCAUUGCAGCUCUAAGACAGCUCUCUUAGUUGUCAGUAAGUCAGCCAUGAUGAUUAGUUUGUAAACACCUUUAUUGCCAGGAGAGAACUGAGCCUCACUACAUGCAUUUACAUAAUGAACUGGGCUGUCUAUAAUCUAAAACUUUUCCUAUAAACCUUUGCUGGUCAGAAGUUAACGUGGAUAGGAGUAUUAUUAUUAUUUAUUAUUAUUAUAUAUAGCGCCAACUAAUUCUGCAGAGCUUUACAAAAUUAUGAAAAGGGGGGAGGAAUUUACAGUACAUGAGACAAUUACACAGUGAUACAGAAACAAUAGGUAGAUGAGGACCCUGCUGAAACAAGCUUACAGUCUAGAUAGAGACCCCAUAGACAAGAAUGAGACACGCCUGAUUGGUUUCUCUUCCUGGUGAGUGAUGGUUCUGCACGCAGCUACAGAGAGACCCAGUAAGCAGUGUUUCUGAAGAAUAAUUUAAAGUUAUGCAUGUUUCCAAAAUUUAUUUAUUUUUCAUUACUUUUUAAUGCUUUAAUAAGACUCUCUAUUUUAAUGUGACUGGAACUAAUGACAACUCUGUUUGUGGCACAUCCUUUGGUAUGUGGAACCUUCCUGGUAACUAAAUGAGUUUGUAUAAUCUUUUUCUACCUCUCAGGGUCAGCUGGAACAGCUCAGGAAGUUAUUUAUGGAAGCCCUGUAUGAUGAGCGAGUGAGCCGGGUAAGUCCAGCAUGGCAGUCUGAGAGCAGAGGAAUCGUGCUAUGUGGCAAUAUGGCUUACAAUUAUCUGGCCUACUAACAUAAAUUGGAGUUCACCUGUUCAGGCACUUAUUGUGUGGUUUAUUUACUAAAUGGUGAAAUGUGGUGAAUUGAAACCUUUAUCCGUUUGCAAUAACCGGUUUGUUUACUUUUACAGCUGGUAACUGAGAAUAUGAUGGUAUUUAACAUGGCAUUCACUCUUCCUGUUUCUUACACAGUGGUUCACCCCUGAAGGCUUCCGGUCUUUGUUUGCUUUGGUUGGAACCAAUGGACAGGGAAUAGGCACAAGGCAAGAAAACACAGAUCUUUUGUAGACAAUGCAAUACUUUCAUAAUGAUGAUAUAACAUAACAUAAUUGGUUUCAUUGAAUACACUCACUUGUGUGUUUUUUAAUCAUAACUAAAUUUGUUUCCUGUUGCCAGUGUACAAUAUAUUUUGUUUUGUUUAGUAUAAUGUUCAUAUUCAGCAUUAAAGGAAUAAUCUACGCACCUAAACAACUUUAGCUUAAUAAAGCAGUUUUGGUGUAUAGCUCAUGCCCCUGCAGUCUCACUGCUGAAUUCAUUGCCAUUUAGGAAGUGAAUUACAUCUGUUUCAAUUUGCAUCACACAACAGGUCCUGUUACUUCCUGGUUUGGUGAGCUUAGUGCAGCUAAACUCAAGAGGCAGUACCUGCCUUGCAAAGACUUUUCAUUGAGCUGCAUUAUUAAGCCUGUGAUUGGACAGCCACAGAAAGUCUGGACUGAGGAAGAAGGGGAGGGCUUGCAAAUGCUGCAGAAAUGAAAUCUUAAGCUCUUGCAAGCUAUGUUUUGAUAUACCCUUAAGGGAAAAUUUAAUAAUGCAGUUUUGUUUUCAUUAUGGGUAUAUCUACUAAUCAGUGAUUUUUAUUUUGUAUUUUGACAGUAGAUUGUCCCUUUCAAAUGCUAUGCUGUAUGUGAUACACAUACACAAGUUUGGUUGGUCUUGCAAACAAAUUGCAGACAUUUUGGAAGAUUGUUAACUAUUUUGCCUGUUACCAUGUAAACGCAUGUUAACUUAGAGUCCUGGGCCCUUGCCAUUCUAUCCCCUUUCAAUAUUUUUGAUAAUGCUGAACACUAACUGGAUAACUGUAGCCACAAGAAAUGCUAGAUCAUAAUUUUAGAAUUACAAUAGUAAAAGGUACCUAAAUGAUGCUUCACACUAAAUGUAUCAUGUAGUGGAAACAGCCCAAACUCCCAUCCCAUAUGCAUAGAAUGUCUCCUAUAUUUCUCAAGGUUUUGGCCACAUGUUUGAGUAACUUCUUGUAUUCUGCCCCCUUUUCUUUAAUACUCUUGGUACUUUUUCUGUUGGCUCUGGAUGAUCAGACCAUAUACUUCCUUGCAGUUCCUUGAGUCAGUGGGUUCAUGCCUGUGAUGCGCUCGACCUACCAGCUAAGGAGAGGGAACAGCUGGACACCGUUAUAGACCAACUCUACAAAGAUAUUGAAAAAGGUCAGUGCUGGUGCACUAGAAUAGAUAGUCAGGACAGCUAGCUUAAAAAAACUAACAAAACAAAAAAAGCACUCUACGCAAUUCACUCAGAAUUUUUUUAAGUAAAGACAUUUUGCAGCUACAAAAAACAAUGUGAAUGUAUUUUUAUCUUUACAUUUUAUGCCAGGAGUUCUUGGUAUAGUCAAAGCUUGCCAAGCAAAUAUAUUUAACCCACACAUGUGGGCAUGCUACACAUUUAGAGAAUGCAUUUCUGUGCACCCAGAGCAUCAUGGAGUGACUAUAUCACCUCUGGCACAAGAGUGCUGAGGGGUUAAGUGGGUCUUUGACUGCUCUGCACAGUUCGCACCAAUACAUUCUUCAAGAUUGUCUCUACAAAAUUGGACUGACCCACUAUCUUGUCUUACAAAAACACUAUGAGCUCUGGAAUUGCAGUUCCAAAAUCUGUAUUGUAUUUGAAGAAACAAAUUGCAUGUUUACUUCCUAUGCAGGAUUCCUAAUGAUUGAUGUUAUUAAAAGUAGUAUAUACAAUUAUAUUGUAGUAUAUAUAAUUGACAAACCUGUACAAUGUACAUACAUAUCCUUGAAAUACCUGCCACUACACAUUUACACUUUGGAGCCAAAGGAGAGGAUGGAGAGGAUGGAUCUUGUCUAGACACAUAGCCAGUUUCUAGGUAAAUGCCAUGUGCCUGCUGCAGUCUUGUGAACCACAAUAACUAAAAUGUCCUGCUGUUGCCUUUGCUGAGUUUUAUUUACCAUAGGUUCAUGUCUUUCCUUUGUAGAGACGGGUGAAUUUCUAAAUUGCGAAGGAUCUGGACUGUACAUGCUGCAAAGUUGCUGUAAGUCGGUGCUAUGUGGUGUGGUGUAAUAUACAACAAACACUUUUAUCUGAUCAUCUUAAUUGUUACAGUUCCUUAUGAUGAAAGGGGUAUAUAUGAAAAUAAAUUACGAUGAUUAUAAUAUGCUGCUAAUUGUGUCUAUAUCAGUAAUUUUUCAUACAUAUACAAGCUUUUGCAGAAACAAAGAGAUUAAUGAGAUAUGAAGUGUAGGGGAACUGCAAUACCGGCCAUCGGUAUCUCCGCCGAAUCCUCUUGAAGCUGGAACAAGCGCUGUUAGUGAAUAACUCUAUUCCAUCCAGUAACUAGAUGACAGAUAGUUCUGGGAGUAUAACUAAUUUUAUUUUCCACAGGCGUGAUCUUUUAUACACAGACCCCCAGCAUGUGGUGUCCAUUCACACACCGAUAAGCCCGUUCAGGCGCCUCUGUGUCUGGGAGAUAGUUCAGCCAGAUAGCGGUUAAACUAAUUCUCUCCUGAACACAGAAGGUGUUGCAUACAAAUUAUCCCAAAACACAAUUAAAAACAAGCAGAAACCCCAACAUGCUACAUAUCCCCAGAUAGCGCUGAUCAGAGUACCCAAGAUGGUAAAAUAGUGCUCAGAUCCAUGGUGUGUAGACCACCGGGGUAAGGUUUUGACCUGCCACUACCAAAGUUCAGUCAGAAAAUUGUUCCAGGGGAAAUGUACUUGCAGCCAGUCAAAUGUCGGAAGCUCCUGCAGGCACAUGAAAGAGGGCUCCCCCUGGCUCUCAGGGAGUGAUUGGUCACAUUAGUCUAUAGUACCUUCCCUCCAAAUAGCUCUCUCCUGGAAGGUUUGGAAGUGGGGAAAAAAGAGGGGUUAAAAGUGACCGGAAACUCGAGGGUGAAGUGUUCAAAAAUAGUUCCAGGCAGUUGGCAGCUAAGUGCAACUGAGGACCAUUUUGCUGAUUUGUGGCCGGAUGACUACCAGGUUAGAGCAUUCGGUAGUUGGGAAGGUACGGAGCCAGGGUUAUUAUAGUUAAUUCAGGGAAAAAGUAGGCGAAUAGGACCGGGUCUGCCACAUGAAGAUAAUUCACAAUACCAUUUGUAUUGUACUAAUCACUGCACUAAUCUGCCAUUUUUGUAAAUUGUGUUUGGAGUGCCCUUUUUAGUUGAAACUAUUUAUAUUUUAGCAGUUUUAUUUAUAAAGCAGUUGAACUGACAAACCAUUAAUUAAUGGUCAAUUAAAUAACAGUCUAAGCAUCAAAACUUAUUUAAUAACCUGCAGGAGGUGUAUGUGUGUGUGUGUGUGUGUGUGUUAGUUAAAAGUUUAACAUAGUGGAAUAAUAAAACUAAAGUGAACACACUGUGCUGUCAGAUCUGCUUUAAAAUGAAAAAAAUAAUAACUUCAAGUUGGCAGUGUAAGUCACAGCCGGGGGAGAUGUGGCUAGGGCUGCAUAAACUGCAGAAUUUGUUUUGAAUUAUUAUUUAUAAAGCGUGAACAAGUUCUGUAGCACUGUACAAUGGGUGGACUAACAGACAUGUAUUUGUAACCAGACGAGUUGGACGCACAGGAACAGAGGGAUUGAGGGCUCUGGUCAAUGAGCUUAUGUGCUAGAGGGCGUGGGGUAUAGUGACACAAAAGAUAAGGGUAGGGUAGAAAAGUAGGUUGCUAGGAUAGUGUUCACUGAGGGCUUAGUGUUUUGAUUACAGUUGCAGGAGAGGAAUCAGGGGGCGGGGAGGGAAAGAAAAAAGUAUGGGUGAACAUCUAACAGAGGGGAAGGGCGUUUUCUAUGAACGGUGCAGCCCUAGAGAAGCCUUUAAGGCAUGCAUCAGGGGGUAGGAGUACGAACAGAGGUUAAACGUUGGUUCACCGGCAGAGCGUAGGGGCCUAGAUGGGACUCCUAAAUUGCAGAGAAUUGAGCAGUGAGACUUGAGCCAUUAUCUAUACACUAAAACUGCUUCAUUAAACUAAAAUUGUUUUGGUUCCUAGAAUAACCCUCUAAGAGUAUUAUCUCUUCAAAGAUGUGCAUGAAUGGGAGAAAAUAGAAAUGAAUAAAUUGUAGCGUUUAUGUACAAUCAUGAAGUGCUUUAUUGGCAAAUUAGAUUAGUGUUUCCUGUAAUGCAGCAGCUAAAAUAUCUCCAGGUUGUAGCUUCACUCUACCUGCAUGGGCCCUUAAAACACUUACCACAGAGAAGCCUUCCUAGAAGCUGGACACGUGUGUGGCAACUGCCACACUGUGCCUGCAAUGCUUCUCAUGAGUAGCACUCACAUCCAGAAUUUCAGUAUGUAAUUAAGUUAAACCAAAGGGGAAAAAAAGAGAACAUCCAAAUCAAAUAGUGUGCCUUAAGAUUUAGAUUUUUAUAGCUUUCAAAUAGCAAAAAGAAAAAUAUCCAUCAGUUUAUAAACCGAUUGCUAUUUUGUCUGGAUCCAACAUUCUUUUAUCUUUAAUUCAAAACUUUAUCCUAAUGCCGUACCCAAUGUCUGUCCAUACAGAUACGUUCUCUUGCUCUGAAUCUCUAAUCCUAAACUUCAUGCUGCCAACCCACAUACGUUAAAAUCACUAUCCUGUGUCUAACUCCAUUAAUUCAUAACAAUAAUCUGUUUUGUUCUUCUCUGUUUGGCUCGUUACUGAUUAGCUGUAUUAGUCAUGUUCCUUUCGGUGUGUGUUUGUUUUUUUUUUUGUUUUUUUAUGCCAGUAAGUUUUGUUUAUUUAUGUGCUUCCAUAGGUAACCACAGCUGUUUGCCAAAUGCUGAGGCUUCUUUCCCAGACAAUAAUUUUCUCCUUCACCUCAAUGCAUUGGAGGACAUCAAGCCUGGGGAGGUAGGUACCACGGAGAGGAACGAACUUCCUUAAAAUAUAUGAUAUUAUACUCUAUAACUUAUUCCAGAAACAAAUUCCUGCACUUUACAAGUUUACACAUCCAAAAACUUCAUCUAUAAUAAAAUAACCUGUUUGUCAUUGCCAUUGGUACAACCUUUUUCUAUUUUUACAUACAUGAUACAUACAAGGCAUUUGGCUGCAGCUCGGUGGGAGUUAGCACACAUUCCAUAAAUACCUUUUUGUUCUCCCAGGAAAUUUGCAUUAGUUACCUUGACUGCUGCCAGAGGGAUCGAAGCCGCCACAGUCGACACAAGAUACUCAGGUAAACUAGCACUUAUGGGAAUGUGUACAAACACAUUGGUGUGUAAUAUAAUAGUAAUAUCAAGGACUGAAAUUUCCAGCACUGUGCUGUUAGCCAGGCCUUAAAAGUUACAUUUGAGGCUAGAGGAUUCAUGGCGGACUCCUCGGGUGGAUUUCUUCUAGCUCUCCAAAGGCUAGUGGAAAUUUUUAUAAUAUUUUAUGAUUAUAUAAUGCAUGCUAAAAACUGAAAAGUUAAAAUAAAAUAAUAUACGGAUAAUAAAAUAGUGUAAUAGUUAUAGUAUUGUAUAGAUCUAAUGUAAUAGUACGAUACAAAAUAGUAUAAGGGAGAAUAUUUAAUUGAGAUAAAAUGCCUUAAAUUGAAAUUCCAAUGCAAUUAAAUGAUAUACCAAAGUAAGGGACUACUUUGUCUUAUGUACAAACCUGAAGUUGGAAAAAAAGCCGAGCUUAUGAUGACAAGUUUUGUCAGUUCCCAAAACCAUUGCCAGACAUGGUUGAGGGAAACAGUCAUUUAGAGUUGGUCUAUGGAUGGUCCCAUGAUCCUUAUACUUGUUCAUGAGAGGCCUUUUAGUAAAAACUUUCUACGGUUUCCUUUUGUAGGGAAAAUUACUUGUUCGUCUGCUCCUGCCCAAAGUGCCUGUCACAAGCAGAAGACCCAGACUUGACAUCUGAGGAGGAGGAAGACGACGCGGACCUGGAUGGAGAGACUGAUGAUGCUGAACUUGAGGAUGAGAUGACGGACGUGUAAUAAGUUGAAAUGAUUUCACAUUGCUCCACAUGUGCCAGCGUUUGUUAUCCUUUUAGAAAGAAAGAAAAAAAAAAAUAUCCGAUAACAGUUGUCCAAUAAUCAGGAGACACCUCCAUCAUGCUUGGAACAUUAAAAGCUAUGGCUGAUUUUGCCUACUUCCUCAAGAAGACUUUUCUCCUUGCAAUUGUCCGCACGGUACUUGGGAAUGUUUUGAUAAAGGUCGAAACACAAUGCCAAUUGAUACCCACUACACUGGUUUGCAUGUAACCACCCAUAAUCCUUGUUAGCUGCCUAAUUAUGAAACAGAUUUGUGCACCCAUAGGGAAAAUGUUAGGGUUAUUUUGUUGCAAAUCUGUAGUAUUAUAGAUUAUUAGAAAUGUCCCUGGCAUGACCACUUAUUUAUAUACGUAAUUCUGGCUGUAUAAAGGAUUCACAUAACAUCCAUUCAAACUCAAGGUUGUUGGUUUUUUAUGAACUCCAGGAAUUUGCCAUCCCUUGUUCAAUGCAGAGUUUCUGAAAUGUCCUUUUCACUUUUAAUAAUUGAAGGAAAAAAAAGUUGUCUCUUGGUCUCUUAUUAUUUUACCCUUUAAUUUCUGUUUGAAAUGUGUGAUUUGUCAGAGGCUGGGAGACUACAUUUACAAUUCGUUCAUCUGUGAAGUCACCACUAUUGCAAGUGAUCUAAAGCUCCAGUUAAGGUAACCGACCUGUAUAAAUGCUCCUGACUUUGCCCCUAGUCACACUUGGACAUAAUGUCAUCUUGCCCUCUUCUCC